AUGGCUUCGCAGGGUGUCAAUGUCCUUCGCUAUUCCGCCCUUGUCGGCGGUCUCUUUUACGGUUUCUUGCAUCAGGGUACCCUGACCAGCCAGGCCAAACUUGCCGAGCAAGAACGAGAAUACAAACACAAGGAGUCGUUGAUCCAGAAGGCCAAAGCUGAGUGGGCCAAGCAACAUGCACCACCAGUAGACUACUCAAAGACUGGUCUCGUCACGGACCCCGAGGAUCCUCGAUUCGACCUAGAAAAGUUCAUAAUCGCCAAGGCGGAGGAGAAAUAG